AUGGAUGAAAAGUUCAGGAGUUUAUUACCUAGAACAUGCCUAAAAUGUUUUAGAACUUUUGUAGCUCCGCAAUAUCGCGACAAAAUUGACCAUUUACACACAAAAUUGGUCUUUAGGGGAGAUUUUGCACAGAAGGACGGCACUUUUAUCAAAGAAGGAGAAUCAGAUGAUCACAAAGACAUUUGUUCCAUCUGCAGAUGCUGUACUUUGGAUGGCUAUUGCAGAUUAUUUGAUAAUGUCAAGUUUCAUGACUGUUUAAGGAACGAUGAUAAUCCUCUAGAGACUGUAAGUUUGGAAACAGAGCAAGAUUUAUCAGAUGAAGGUAAUUUUUCUCUAUACAAGCUCUUUGAUGCUAUAAACAUGAGCCUGAGAUUUGAGACUUGUGAUGGCUCCUCCAUUAGCAAAGGAUUUAACUUUUGCGUUUUGGCUAUUCACCUAGUUAACAAUGUUGCCAUUAAUGAACGCUUCAAGAGGACCUUUAUGAAGAAUCUGCUCCAGGUUUCGUUGGAAGGUAUAGCUGAACUUCCAAAAGAGUGGAGUAUUUACUUGUCAAAACUUGGCUACGAUGACUUGUUAACACUUUGCAAGGAAUUUGAUUGCGAUUAUUCUGACAUUGUUCCAUACGUUGAUACGAAUGAUGGAGAUUCAGCAAACGAAACAAACUCUGGGAGCAAGGCAGAUCAAGACGCGGACCAUACAGAGGCUCCACAAGUAAUAUCGCAGGUAGUAGAUUACAGAUUACGCCAAGAGAUACUCGAUACUCUCGUAAAUGUAGCUUUAAAAUUCAAAAGGGAGGCAAGCUCACUCUACAAUCACAUGGAAAAUGCAUGCAAAGACAAGCUUUUGUUUGAGCAGUUGAUCAGAAUGAAGGUGAAUGCGACAAUAAAGGGCUCAGAGAUCCUGAAAAUUGUAAACUUUUCAUUAUCUAGAGACACAAUUACGUUCACUGGAGUAUAUAAUAAGAACGUCAGGGGACUCAGUCAGACAUUGUGGAUUUUGGAUAACAAGGUUGUAACACCAAUAUCAAUCGAAGAAUGCAUCGGUGCCCCUUUAAACCACAUUUGUGGCUCUAGAGAGUACAAAUUUAUGGCAUCAGGGAGGGAAGAUUCUGACGUUAGGACGUUUGGAAAUGGAAGGAUAUUUUGUAUUGAAAUGUACAAUUGCACUAGAGACAUUUUUGAAAUUUUGUAUAGGACCAGUAGAAUGGAUGAAGUGUUUUUCAGUGACAAUAUGGUUAAUACAGAUGUUUUAACAGGUAUGAACGACUCGCAAGAGCCAUCCCUGCUCUUUUUGAGUAGCCUAGGAGACUGCAAAAAUGUGCAGCAUGCAGAUGCGAGACUACUCAAGGAGUAUUUUGGACAGCUUCCCGCAACUACGCAGGCUGAAUUUUCCAUACAAACAUCUCAAACACCUACUUCAGUUUUUCCAAAGUGUCAAACUCCAUCGACUGAAUUCAGGAACCUGAGAAUAUCCUUUAAUAGCAGAUUCGAACGUCAGAGAGUUCAAAACGAUGCUGAGGGAAAGCUAAAGAGUUACAACUGCCUAGUUUUUUCAGCUGAUCCAUUGGAUAUCAAUGUGUUGAAGCGUGGCGUAAAGUGUCCUAUUGAUAUUAAGCAGCGGAACCCCGUUCGAAUAUCCCAUCGCCGCUCUCAAGACAUUAGGAAUCGUACGAUUUAUAGCCUUGAAAUCGACCCUAUUCAUCCAAGACUGUUUUUAUUAUCUAUUUCCACUCAAGCAGGAACGUAUGUCAAGGAGUUUGUAACUGGUGAUUUGGGCAGAACGAGACCAUCUCUCAAGAGCAUUUUGGGUUCAUCCGAACUGUAUGUACUCCACUUGGAUGUUUUGGAUAUCCAGAGCUGA